AUGAAUCCCAAAACCAUAGUUACAAACCUCCUUCUCUUACUCCUACAAAUCUCCAACUUCUCCACCGUUGUCUUCUCUUUCCAGCAGGUCUAUAGGAAACCUUAUAAAUCAGAGUUUAGCAUACGACCAAGCACUGUCACAAGUAUCAUCGUAGUCAACGAACUAUACGGUGUAAAGAAAGGAAACGCUGGCUUUGUAUGCGCUCACGGUCCCAAGGUUUGGCGUAAAAGCAAACCGGGAGACCGGUACGUUGUAAUAGAGUUCAAAGACACUGGUAUUACAAGGUAUAAAUUCCUACAUUGCCAUCUCCGGUCGAGUCUCGGGUAUGUCAAUGUUCCCAUCAGUAUUCAUCCCGACACUUCCGCCAUGUGUUACCCUACUUAUACCUGCCAUUACAUUAUUAGAGAAGAUGGAGUUUAUUACAAGCCUGAGAAGAAACUCUUCCCAUGGCUGCCGUUUCCACGCUCAAAGAGUGGACGACAUCCCAAGGCUUAA